GUUACUCCAUCACUCUCCUUUAGAAGAAAUCCAACAAAGAGGAAAAAAGAAGAUUUUUUUUUUUCUUUCCAUUUUUUUCAUCACAGAUACAACAACAACAAACCCAGUAGUUUCCCACUUGUGAAUUUUUUUCAUCACAGAUCCGAGCCCUAAUUCAUAUACAGAUACAUACAGAUUCACAUACACACACAGUCAUCGGCAAUUGAUCGCCCGUCAGUCCAUCCGUCGCCGGCGCCGAUUUCGUUAAUUUUCUGAUUUUUGCUCUCGGAGAUCUUUGAAUUUUACCCAGUCGAAAAGUCUAGAAUAAGAAAAAGACGGGGCCUUGUUUUAAUGAAGUUCGGUUUAGGGUUUUCAGAAGUUGAUGGAUGAUCGAUAUGCCUCAACUGCGUAGCGGUGUGCGCAGAGGCCGUCGACCGAUUGCUUCAAUCGAACCCGAAAACAACAACGCAACGNACGAGAACAACGAAAACAAGAGGGUUGCACGGAGAACAACGAGGACGAGGAGAGCAGCAGGUGCGGGAAAUAGAGCCGUUGGAGGAAGGAAGAAGAAGAACAACGUUAAUAACGAAGAAGAGGUAAUUAAGGAAGUUGUACCUGUAGUAGUGGUAGAAGAUGACGAGGAGGAGAAUGCUGUGAAGAAAACGACGUCGUUUAGGACUGGUGAAGCAGAGGAGGAUAAGGAUAGGAAGAAGGAAGUAGAGGAAGAAGAAAAAAAGCAGCAAAUGGAUGAGUACGGUAGUGGCGGCGGUGGAAGCGGCGGUGAUAAGGGUUUGGGAGCUGAGGAAGAAGUGCUCCCCUUCCUGAAAGGGUCCAGGUUGGUGGAUCACCAGCUUAUAGGAUUGACAAAAAGCUUGGUAAAGGAGGAUUUGGUCAAGUGUAUGUAGGUCGUCGGGUAAAUCCGUCACAUCCACACGAAAGAACUGGCGCAGGAGCUGUAGAGGUUGCCUUGAAAUUUGAGCAUAGAAGUAGCAAAGGUUGUAACUAUGGACCACCUUAUGAGUGGCAGGUCUACAAUGCCCUUGGUGGUAGUCAUGGGAUACCACGUGUCCAUUACAAGGGACGACAAGGUGAUUACUACAUUAUGGUUAUGGAUAUGCUUGGUCCUAGUUUGUGGGAUGUCUGGAACAAUAAUUCUCAUGCGAUGUCUAUUGAAAUGGUAGCAUGCAUUGCCAUUGAAGCAAUAUCCAUACUUGAGAAGUUGCACUCUAGAGGGUAUGUGCACGGAGAUGUGAAACCUGAAAACUUUCUUCUUGGGACUCCUGGAACUCCUGACGAGAAAAAGCUUUUUCUGGUUGACCUUGGAUUAGCAACAAGGUGGCGCGAUACUUCAACUGGUUCUCAUGUUGAGUAUGACCAAAGGCCUGAUGUCUUUAGGGGAACUGUAAGGUAUGCUAGUGUGCACGCUCACCUCGGAAGAACUGGAAGCCGGAGGGAUGACCUAGAAUCGCUGGCUUACACUCUCAUCUUUCUUCUCCGAGGCCGGCUGCCUUGGCAGGGAUAUCAGGGUGAGAAUAAAGGUUUCCUUGUCUGCAAGAAAAAGAUGGCGACUUCUCCAGAUACACUUUGCUGCUUCUGCCCUGCUCCAUUUAGGCAGUUUGUGGAAUAUGUUGUUAACUUGAACUUUGACGAGGAACCUAAUUAUGCGAAAUAUAUCUCACUGUUUGAUGGAAUAGUAGGUCCAAACCCAGAAAUCAGGCCAAUCAACACUGAUGGUGCACAGAAGCUUAUAUAUCAAGUUGGACAAAAGAGAGGAAGGCUUACGAUGGAAGAAGAUGACGAUGAACAACCAAAGAAGAAAGUACGAAUGGGAAUGCCUGCAACGCAAUGGAUUAGUGUCUACAAUGCUCGUCGCCCAAUGAAGCAAAGGUAUCAUUAUAACGUUGCUGAUACGAGGCUGGCUCAGCACAUUGAGAAAGGAAACGAGGAUGGACUAUUCAUUAGCAGUGUGGCAUCCUGUUCAAACUUGUGGGCCCUAAUUAUGGAUGCAGGGACUGGGUUCACUGCUCAAGUUUAUGAGUUGUCACCUCUUUUUCUUCACAAGGAGUGGAUCAUGGAGCAAUGGGAGAAGAAUUAUUAUAUUAGUGCGAUAGCGGGAGCAAAUAAUGGGAGCUCUUUAGUAGUUAUGUCAAAGGGUACUCAGUAUCUGCAGCAGUCCUACAAAGUCAGCGAGUCAUUUCCUUUCAAGUGGAUAAACAAAAAAUGGAGAGAGGGGUUCUAUGUCACGGCAAUGGCAACUGCAGGAAGUAGAUGGGCAAUUGUUAUGUCACGUGGGGCUGGGUUCUCUGAUCAGGUGGUGGAAUUAGAUUUUCUCUAUCCUAGUGAAGGGGUUCAUAGGAGGUGGGAUGCUGGUUACCGUAUCACGUCCACUGCAGCCACAUGGGAUCAAACUGCUCUUGUUCUAAGUGUUCCAAGAAGGAAGCCUGCGGAUGAAACACAAGAGACACUUCGUACUUCUGCCUUUCCUAGCACUCAUGUCAAGGAGAAAUGGGCCAAGAACCUUUACAUUGCAUCUGUUUGUUAUGGGCGAACUGUUUCUUGAGGCACUAAAAAAAUUUGGUUGGGAAUUUUCUUGGGUAUCAUGUGAUACUCUGUUGUAUGUGCCUUGAAAAAGUGCUUGCUUAUUUUUCAUCUAAAUGGAGAAAAAUGGGCAGUCUUUCCUCCUUGGCUAGCUGGCUCUUUUAUUAUCCUUUGGAGAUGAUAUUCCCUAAAUUCCUUGUCAUCAGUGUAUGUGAUAAAUUCUAAUGUCGAAGAUGGUGUCCGUGGCAGUUCAUGAUCUUAUAUGGGGGUUUAUUUACUUGCUGGUCAAAAUUUGUAUAGUUUGAACAAUAAUUAGUUUUUAGAGGCAAGAUAAACAUCUACUUUUGUAGUACUAUGACCUUGCAAUUUAAGAGUACAAAGUAGCUUGGACAUUGAAGUUAUAUGACCUUAUUUCUUAAUUUUUUCUGGCAAUUUUUCCUGGUUUGAACUUGUGUUCCUGGGAUCAUGAAUCUGAAUUAAAUCCCUGGUUGUUGGUCUUUCCA